AUGGCUCCCACAGCUCUGCACACAAGUCCCCAGGUCCACGCCCUCCUCAAAGACCUACACAACAAAUCCCUCACCCAGGAGUCAACCCUAAGCUGGCCAUCCCUCCCGGCACAAUGUACAACCGAAUUCGACAACAUCAUGCGUGACAAGUUUAUCGCGCUAGACCAGGACAAGUGCGAACUGGUCUACCACAUCCUACGCAGCAUCAACGCCACCAAUGUCGUCGAAGCGGGUACCAGUUUCGGCGUGAGUACUAUCUACCUCGCGCUGGCUGUUGCUGAGAAUGCCAAGCGGGCGGGCGUUCCGGGGCAGGGCAAGGGUAAGCCUAGGGUUAUUGCUACGGAGAAAGAGGAGUCCAAGGCUGCCUUUGCACGGGCUCAUUGGGCUGCGGCUGGAACGGAAGUUGAGGAGGUUAUUGAGCUGAGAACUGGGGAUUUGAGGGAAACUCUUACUUCGGAGCUUGGGGUUGUGGAUUUCUUGUUGCUUGAUAUCUGGACACCCCUCGCUCUGCCCGCGCUGAAGCUGUGCCAGCCACAUUUCCGCCCCGGCUCGGUGAUUAUAGCUGAUAAUACUGUCAUGGCGGCUGAUCGGUAUCAAGAACUGUUUGAUUAUGUCGAUGCCGAGGGCAGUGGAUUCCGUCGAGUCACGAUGCCAUAUAGUGGAGGAAUGGACAUGAUUGUUUACCAGUAG